AUGGUGCAGGAACAAAACCUGCUGAUGCUGCCCAUCAAUGUAGAGUACAGUGACGUCAGCCAUCUGUCCUGCGCCUCCCGAUGUACGACCUCCAACAAAACUUGCUACUCCUACAUCUACGACGGUACUACACGACACUGUACCCUCGGUUCCUGGCUGGUCCUCAAAGCUCCAUCAGAUCCGGUUGUCCAAGGAAAGAUCUACUCUACUGGCAAGUUCUGUAACACAACCAGCGACAAGAUGUUUAUAAAUAGUGGCAGAAUCUCGUCGACAGAAUUGUUCUUUUGUUCAGGUGAUCUUAUCGAUACCUCUCCCCAUCCCCCGUCUUCAACAGUGCACGAGUCUUGUAAAGAUGUCGUGAGCCCCGAGUCUAGACCUGUCGCUAUGGUCACACCUGGAUGUCUGGUCAUAUGUGACACUGUGACAGACGGUGGAGGAUGGACCAUUUUCCAAAGACGUGUUUCUGGAACUGUCGACUUUUACCGGAACUGGACAGAGUACAAGAACGGCUUUGGGAAUUUUAGUUCGGGUAAUUUUUACCUGGGUAACGAAAACAUUUAUUUGAUUACGUCGAAAAGACAACACGAGCUUCGAGUUGAUUUGACAUUAGAUGGAGUUAAUUAUUUCGCCAAGUACUCCAGUUUUAGCAUCACAAGCGAGGCUGACGGUUACAGGCUGCAGGUGUCUGGGUACUCCGGCACGGCGGGUGAUUCUCUGUCCUACCACAACCUGAUGAUGUUCAGCACGUACGACCAGGACAACGACUUAAGAGGUGAUAACUGUGCCUCUGUUUACCACGGCGCCUGCUGGUACAAAGAUUGCUACUAUAGCAACCUGAACGGAGAUUGGGGCUCGACAAGCUACACAGGUGUCUUCUGGAAAUAUGAUAAUCGCAUAUAUAUCAAAGCUGAUUUCUCUGAGAUGAAAUAUAGAUAUGUAUAA